AUGGAUCCAUUCCCCAAUAAACUGUGGCUUGAAACACCUCUCAUUCGCUCCACCCACCUCUCAUCUCUCCUGGGAGCCAAUAUUUAUCUGAAGCUCGACAACCUCCAACCCGCCCAAUCUUUCAAAUCGCGCGGCAUUUCCCACUACGCCCAGAACGCCUUCCGCGUCCACGGCCCCGACGUGCACCUCAUCAUCGCCUCUGGCGGCAACGCAGGUCUCGCCGCAGCUUGCGCCGCACACGCUCUCGGCGUCCGCUGCACCGUAUUCCUUCCAGAAUGGGCCGGCCAGGCUACCCUCGACUUCUUGCGCAAGCAGGGGGCCGAGGUCGUCAAGCGCGGCACCUUCUACUUCGAGGCGCUUGCACACGCGCGCGACGCCGUUGCCGCUGACCCCAAAGCGGUGAUGGUACCUGCGUACGACGACCCGCUCUUAUGGGAGGGCCACGCGAGCCUCGUCCACGAGAUACGCCACCAGCUGCCGGAAGGCACGAAGCCUGCUGCGGUCUUCUGUAGUGUGGGAGGGGCUGGGUUGGCUGGUGGCAUAAUGACUGGCCUAAAAGCGGUAGGGUGGGACGACGUUUCUCUAGUCACGGUUGAGACGCACGGAGCCUCUUGCUUUUAUCAGUCCUUAUCCCUCAACGACGGUAAAUUCCCUGGAGAGGUGAAAGAAAGACCGCCGCCGGAGGGGAUUACAGCAGAGUUUGUCGCCGAUGCGGAUGUAACAGUAGCCCACGUUGCGAAGCUGACGUCGAAGGCAACGUCACUCGGAGCGUCUUCGCCCUCAGCACCGGUCGUUAAGAUGGCAUUGCAAAGGAGCGGAGAAGUGAAAAGCAUCUGCAUUCCGGAUGAAAUGGCGAUGCAAGCAACUUCUCUAUUUGCAGCCGACCACAAGAUACUGGUAGAACUCGCCUGCUCCGCGACUCUUGCACCAGCAUACAAGCCCGAAUUGUUCAGGAAGCUAGUACCGCAGUCCGAGGCUCCCCCCACCGUCGUGCUGAUUGUAUGCGGCGGCUUCAACGUGACCUUGGCCGAUCUUGAAGACUACAAGAAUGUCGUUGGUGCGGAUAUUGCAGCUGGGGGAGUGUGGGAGGUCGCGUACAACGGUGCCAAGUUGACGGUUCCGAAAGCGCAGGCUUAG